ACGAUUUAAAUUUUUAUGGAAAGGAUCAAAAAUAAAAAAUAAAUGGUUUUUAACUACAGAUACAUCUAUUCAGGAUUAUGAAAACAUUUUUAAUGACUUAAAACGACUUCUAUUAUAUUUUUCAACAAUGUCAUUACACAAAAAAAUACAAUGUGUCAAGUUAGAUCUCAAUCCAAUCAUAGAUCAAAUGAAACUAUACACACGGGAAUUGAUAUUAUAUUUUGCUGACCAAUUAAUAAAAUCUACAAGGGAAAUGAUGCACCGGCAAGGGGAUAAAUUUGAUACUUUUAAAGUACUGAAGAACGAUAAUUUAAGAAAUAGUGAAGAUUUUUACAACAAUCUUUAUAUAAUAGAAGAGAUUAGAACAGAACAAGUGAAUGUUGAGAUAUUUUUUCAAAACUUAAAUCAUCGUAUUUAUAUUUUAGAAGAAAUGGGAGUUACUAUGCCUCGCGAAGAUAUAACAUAUAUUUCAUAUAUACAGGAUGAAUGGACAAUGUUACAACAUAUUGCUUCAGAAAAGAAAUUAUUUCUAGAAAAAGCCAAAGUUAUUUGGUCCCAUACAGUUAAAAUAAGUAUUGAAAUGUUUUCAGUUAAAAUAGAUACAUUUUUAGAAAAAUAUGAUCAGUGUGGCUUAAAGAAAGUUAAAGAUGACUUAGAUUUAGGACUUAUCUUAAUGAAUGAACAUGACAACAAUUUUACUAAUUUUAUGAAAAAAAAAGAAAAAUUAGUCAAAGAAGAAGAAUUAUUUAAUUUAAAAUUAUUAAAUACAGACCGAUUUGAUAGUUAUUAUUCUGAGUUUCAAUAUAUGAAGCUAGUAUACUCACUGUAUGAAGCACAAAAGUCUGAUAUUGAAAAGUGGUCAAAAAUACCAUGGUUUGAAAUUGAAAUAGAAUUCGUUCGUGAAGCGUUUGGUGCUCUUAUGUUAAAAUUUAAGACACUACCUGUUUUAGCACAAGAUACUCACCCAGCAAAAAUUUUAGCAAACUAUUUAAAGGAAUUAAGACAAAGUGUACCAAUUUUACUUCAAUUAAAAAAUAAGGCACUGAAACCUAGACAUUGGAAAGAAAUGUUGGAUGCUAUUGGUAUUUAUUUUAAUUUUGAUGAAGAAAUUCUAAUUUUUGGUAUUAUUUUAAAAAUGAGAACUGUUAAACAUAAACAAAUUAUUAAAAAAGUAUUAUGUAAAGCAAUCGAUGAAAACAGUAUUGAACAAAAAUUAAAAGAAAUUAAUGAGCGGUGGAAUACAAUGAGUCUAAACAUAGAGAAAUUCUCAAAUGUAAUUUUGCAUAUUGAACAUAAACUAUGUGGAGUCCAUCAUGUGUUGCAAAUUUUGGAAAAUGAUCAAAUUACAAUGCAUAAAAUGAUGAACUCAUAUUCAGUUGAACCAUUUUUAGAAAUAGUUGAAACGUGGCAGAAAAAUUUAUCGACUGUGAAUGAAGUUCUAAAUAAAUGGUGGUAUGUACAGCAAAAAUGGAUUUAUCUCUCAGAAAUAUAUGCUGGAAAAGAUGUUUUAAAUAUUUUACCCGAAAAAGCUGAAAAAUUCAAUGAAUUGAACAAAUUCUACCAAGAGGUAAUGGCCAACGCAAAUAGAAAUUCAAAGAUUCUUGAACAGUGUUUAACACCAAAUAUCAUUUACCAAUUAUCAUGGUUAGAAUUUCGUUUAGAUAUUAGUCAAAAAGAGUUAAAUAGUUACAUUACAGAGAAAAGAAACUAUUUUCCUAGAUUUUAUUUCAUAUCAGAUAAUGAUUUGUUGUUCAUUUAUGGUAAUUCCAAUCCAGUUGUUAUCCAGGAAUAUAUUAUUCAGGUAUAA